CGGACGGGGCAGAGCCGAGUCGAGCCGCGCCGAGCUGCGAUGGAGGGUGGCGAGGCGGCCAGCCUGCUGGGGGAGCGCAGCCUGGGGCCGCCGGGCCGGUUCAAGACGUACCGGCGGCGGUGGUUCCUGCUGGCCGUCGUGUGCCUGCUGAACUGCUCCAACGCCAUGCUGUGGCUGACAUUUGCUCCUGUGGCUGAUAAGACAGCUGCUUACUUCCACAUUUCCCUGGAGACUGUCAACUGGCUGUCAAUGGUGUACCUCCUCAUCUCGAUCCCAUUUGGUCUGGUGGCAACAUGGGUCCUCGACAGCGUGGGGCUCCGCUGUGCUGUGGUCCUGAGUGCAUGGCUGAACAUGGUUGGUAGCAUCACCCGGAUGUUCAGCGUUCUGAAGUUCCUGAGCUUGGGCCCCCAGAGUUACUGGUACCUGUUUAUUGGACAAUGCUUCUCUGCUUUAGCACAGCCUCUUAUCAUCUUUUCACCUACAAAGCUGGCAGCACUAUGGUUCCCAGACCACCAGAGAGCGACAGCAAAUAUGAUUGCAUCGAUGUCCAAUCCCUUGGGCAUUCUUAUAGCAAACUUGUUGUCACCAGCACUAGUUCCUGAAGGAAAGCACAUUCCAUUGAUGCUGGGUGUUUAUGCUGUCCCAGCAGUAACAGCCUGUGCUCUAGCAACUCUGGGGAUUCAUGAGAAGGUCCCACCAACGCCUCCGUCAGCCAGUGCCACUAACUCCAACUCACAGCCAUUCUUCACAGGGCUCAAAAUGCUGCUGAGAAACAAGCCAUACAUCAUCCUGGCAGUGUGUUUUGGAGGAGGAAUUGGGAUGUUCACCUGCUUUUCAGCUCUGCUAGAACAGAUCCUUUGUGAAAAGGGAUAUUCAAAUGAUUUUGCUGGCCUGAAUGGUGCACUGUUCACAGUCUGUGGUUUGUUGGGUGCUUUCCUGCUAGGCAUGUAUGUUGACCGGACAAGGAAGUUCAUAGAGUCCACCAAGAUUAGUUUCUGUCUGAGUGCACUUGCCAGCAUCAUGUUCGCGGUGACUUCUCGGUUCAGACAUCAGGCCAUCAUGUUGGCCAUCACAAGUUCACUCUUCGGUUUCUUUGGUUUUGCCAUCUACCCCAUUGCCAUGGAGUUGGCUGUGGAGUGCUCCUACCCCGUAGGAGAGGGCACAUCUACAGGCCUGAUUUUUGUUGCAAGCCAGAUUGAGGGUGCGAUUUUAAUGAUUCUUCUACAAGCUCUCACUGUCCGUGUUUCUGAGGAUCCAUUCUCCACCUGUGCCCUUGAUCAGGAUGGAGCCCUGGACUGGACAACUCCAGUAUUGGUGCUGGCUGGCCUCUGCAGUGGUAUGGCUUGCUUCUACGUCAUCUUCUUCCACACUGAUUACAAGCGGCUCCGUGCUGAGACAAUCACUGCUGAUUUGACCAAGGCAGAAGAUGCAGCAACAGCACACGUUCCUGAAUCCUAAACAGGCCAAAAAGGGGAUGCCAAGGAUCAAGGACUCAAGACUAGUGAGCAUGGACCAAUCCUGAGCUGGUACACUGGGAUAUCCGUGUCAUGUUGCACAACAAGCAAGGACCAGAGCACAUAGCACCUUUGCUGUGCAUCUCUCAGUCUUCUAUUUUUUUGGGGAUCUGGGCUGUUAAGAAUGGCUGUCCUGCCAGAAAGGUCAAAGUGGCAAUGGAAAAUUAUGCACUAGAAUUUUUUAUGCACUAUGAACUGGAAAGAAGUUGACUUGAUUCAAGCUAAAGUAAUGUCACAGUGGAGGGUAGCACUGUAUUUCAGCCAUUUUUAAUUUUUCAUGUAUGUGGGUCAAGGGUGGAGGUUUCAGAGAGAUGGAAGCUGUGCCUACCACAAACCCAGUGGAAAACUUCUAUUUAAGGACUGUGGUACAGCAUAACCACGCUUCCACUCAUGUUGGAGCUAAUUGUGCCUUUUAGCUAAAGGGCAGUAGAAGCUAGAGCAUCCUUUCAUUCCAAUGGGGAUAUGUAAGUACAGUAAUUUCAAGAUUACAAGCCGCACCUGAUUAUAAGCCGCACUUUGGGGUGUCGGCAACGUUUCG